AUGGAUGUCGAUACUAAAUUUGAGGUCCCAGUCAUUGAGUUCCGAUCAUUAGAUUUAGAGCGAGGAACUGAUGAGUGGCACCAUUUGUGCAAAAGGUUUCGAGAGGCUUGCGAGACUUAUGGUUGUUUCGAGGUGGUGUACGAAAAGAUAUCAACGGAACUUCGAAACAAGAUGUUCGGGUUGAUGAAGGACUUGGUUGAGCUUCCACUGGAGAGGAAACAGAAGAAUGUUAGUUCCAUACCUUACCAUGGCUAUAUUGGACCAGGCAGUCUGUUUUCUUUAUUGUAUGGAGGCUUCGGACUUGUUGAUGCUUCCAACCAUGACUCUGUUAAAAGCUUUACUCAACUUAUGUGGCCUGAUGAUCACGCACAGUUUUGGUAA